GUCGUAAUGGCAGCCAUUUUAAACCGUAAAUUGUAAUUUGUAAUAUCCUAUUCCUAACAAUUGUUGUAAUUUAUUAUUUAUAAUAGUAUAAUGAAUUUCCUUUGAUGAUUAAGGAAUUGCUGAAGAAUUUAUUGAUUGAUAUUUUAUCUUAAAAUACAGUGUCCUGUUACAUUUAAUAUUUUUUGAACAAAAUAUAUAAUGAGUUUUUUUGGAUUCGGUCAAUCCGCCGAGAUAGAAGUGAUACUAGAUGGGCAAGAUAAUCGAAAAACUGCCGAAGUUAAAACCGAAGAUGGCAAAAAGGAACGGUUAUUUUUGUAUUACGACGGCGAAACUAUAUCAGGAAAGGUAAACGUGAGUUUGAAGAAGCCGGGCACCAAACUGGAGCAUCAAGGCAUCAAAAUCGAAUUUAUCGGUCAAAUUGAAAUGUUUUACGACCGAGGUAAUCACCACGAGUUCAUAUCGUUAGUAAAGGAGCUCGCCAGACCCGGUGACAUGAUUGCUCAUUCGAGUUAUCCUUUCGAAUUCAGUAACGUUGAGAAGCCAUUCGAAGUCUAUACAGGUACUAAUGUUAGAUUAAGAUAUUUUUUGAGAGUGACAAUCAUAAGAAGGAUAGCUGAUAUAAUGAAAGAAAUCGAUAUUGCUGUUCAUACACUCUCAAGCUACCCGGAAAUGAAUAAUUCCAUCAAAAUGGAAGUUGGUAUUGAAGACUGUCUUCACAUUGAGUUCGAAUACAACAAAUCGAAGUACCAUCUCAAAGAUGUAAUUGUGGGUAAAAUUUAUUUUCUCCUGGUUAGAAUAAAGAUAAAACACAUGGAAAUCGCUAUUAUUAAAAAGGAAUCUACAGGACAAGGGAACACUACAUAUACUGAAAGUGUUAAUAUCGCAAAAUAUGAAAUUAUGGAUGGAGCUCCUGUUAGAGGUGAAAGUAUUCCUAUCAGAGUGUUCCUAGCCGGUUACGAAUUAACUCCAACUAUGAGAGAUAUUAAUAAGAAAUUUUCUGUUAGAUACUUUUUAAAUCUCGUUUUAAUGGAUACUGAAGACAGAAGAUAUUUCAAACAACAAGAAAUUACUUUAUGGAGAAAAGGUGAUAAGCUUCGAAAGCCUAAUUUACAAAGCCCCGCCAUCAUGGCUGGUACUCAAAACCUCCAGAACACAGCUCAAAUUAACCAACAACAGCACUCCGAUGACGGCGAAAGAAGAUCAUCGAUGGUGAAGGAAGAUUUUCUGCGAGUGUCUAAUUCGAAUUCCAACGACAAAUUGAAUUCGGCGGAUCCGUUCGACCAACAGGUAUCCUCUCCGAGAGAAAGUCCAGAGAGUCUGAUAGAGAAUAUGACGCGAGAAGCAGGAGACGGACAGAAUGAUAAUGGAAACGAUAAUGUAGAGUGAUAUAGCGACAGGCCGAAAUGUGAUGUAUUGUGCUGGACAAGGAGAAAAAGUUUAUUUUUUAGGGCGAAAGUGUUAAAUUUUUGCACGCAAUCUGUAAAUAAAUUCAUUGUUAAAAUAUUACAGUUGUAAUUAAAACUGUCUGUAUAUGAAGCAAGAUUAUUAAUUUACAUAUUUUAAUUUUAUUGUAUAUUUCUCAUCUAGCUAAUUAAAAAAAAGUUAUUGAA